AUGCUUACAGCUAUCCAAACGACGUUCCUGCCACCGAAGCCGGCGCUGCGUCCUCACGCGCGGGCGUCCGUUCCGAACCUGCACACUUAUAAUGCGGCGCCCUCUGAUGUCCCCAGUACCGUAAAGCUUCUGAGCGAACUGGAACGGUCCUGGGCCAUGUUUGCCGCCUCCUGGAGAGUCGUGGACUUGUUCGCUGGCCUCCAGAUCUGGCAAGAGCAGCCCAAAGACACCGACAACGGCCCGGAGCCGCUGAAUAAUGUGCUGCUGUCCACUGCGUCCGCUGGAUUGGUGACGUUUCUAGCCGGACACAUCGGCGGCGGUGGCUUUGUCGUGUCAUUACUACUCACGCUGUUGGUAGUGACUGCAGCGCUCUGGACGCUGUCCAAUGCUCGAGCCAAGAGUGCAGUACCGUGCUUUAAGACGCUGCAAGUGGUGGAUGGCUCGCCGUCCGAGAUCUUUAUGUACCUGAUGGGCAUCAAGAAUUAUCCGGUCUGGGAUGCAUCAGUGGAGAGGGCGGAGGUCGUGCACACGAUUGAUGACCACUCGGAUAUUAUCCACAUCGUCUACAGACCUGUGUGGAUGUGGCCUCUGUAA